UGGACUAGUGUUAACGACAAAGUUACUAUUGGCAUCAAAAUAUGAAAGAAUCUACCAAUUACACUUAUUUGCAUGGAUUAUUUAUAGAUAUGGUUAUCAUCCCAAGAAGAUUUCGUUCUACCAUACCAUCUCUCCAUAAUUCAUCUCUGCAACCAAAACAAAUAAUGCAGAACACCACCUCUUCCACCAUUGCCCAUUUACCCCUGGUAGCUCCGGCGACUAAUACCACCGCCGCAGUCGUAGUUGCCCCACAAUGCUGCCUUAUAACACCAUCCACGAAGCAGCCUCCUUGCUCGGCCGAAACCUCACUUAUGCCGAGACCCUUUGGUUCAACUACUCUGCUCGUAAGUCCGAUUUCUUCCUCUACAGCCACAACAGUAUCUUUCUCAUACUCAUCUUCUCUACCCUCCCUCUACCUCUCGUCGUCGUCCUCGAGGUUCUUCGAUCACUUGGUUUGGACAAACACAAGAUUCAGCCCAAGGUUCGCUUGUCGGUUUCUGAGAUGUUCGCUUGCUACAAGGAUGUUAUGAUAACCUUCUUUUUCGUCGUUGGUCCUUUCCAACUCCUCUCCUACCCUUCUAUUCAGGUGAUUGGGAUUAGAACUGGGCUGCCAUUGCCGUCUGGGUGGGAGAUUGCUCUUCAAUUGUUGGUUUAUUUUGUGGUGGAGGAUUACACACACUACUGGAUGCAUAGAUUUCUGCACACCAAAUGGGGUUAUGAGAAAAUUCACAAAGUGCAUCAUGAGUUCACUGCUCCAAUUGUAUUUGCAGCUCCCUAUGCCCACUGGGCAGAGAUUUUGAUAUUGGGCUUCCCAUCUUUUCUAGGGCCGGCUAUUGUUCCAGGCCAUAUGAUCACACUCUGGUUAUGGAUGGUUCUGAGGCAGAUUGAGGCGAUUGACACUCACAGCGGGUAUGACUUUCCAUGGAGCCCCACCAAAUAUAUUCCAUUCUAUGGAGGUUCUGAGUAUCAUGAUUACCAUCACUAUGUUGGAAGACAGAGUCAAAGCAACUUUGCUUCAGUUUUCACCUACUGUGAUUUCAUUUAUCGAACUGACAAGGGCUUUCACUGUCAGAAGAAGAUCCUCAAGAUGUUGAAAGAUGAAAGUAACCAAACAAAGAAUGGAGGGUGUAGCUCAAGCCAAGGUCUUAAGUCUAGUUAGUGGGGAUUGCAGAACCCUGUUGGUAACGACCUGAAAAGCACUGAUUUCUUUUGUUUUUUGGGCUCUAAAGUCACACAGACAAUUUGUUACCACAGUUUCAUUUCAAUAAAUGGCACUUAGUAAUAAAGUGUAGCUAUAAACAAACACACGAGUCAUCUGUCUACCUGACUCAGUUGGGGUUGACUUUUGUUUCUUUUAGCUCUAAUGAUGCACAGACAGACAAUUUGGUUAGAACAAAUUAAAGACUAUAUAUUAAGAUGA